AUGAAUAAACUAUGGGCACAAUUAGGCUCUAUACUAGCCACCAUGAUGUUUGUUUACGCCAUAAUUGAACGUUUUCUACCACCUGCAUUUCGAGAUAGUCUUCAAAUCUCCACACAAAAAGUACUAAACCUUUUACACCCUUACAUCCAAAUCACAUUCCAUGAAUUUUCAGGUGAAAGACUCAAAAAAAGUGAAGCAUACACUUUCAUUCAAACCUACCUUAGUGAAAACUCUUCACGACUGGCCAAAAGACUCAAAGCAGAAGUCAUGAAAGACAGUCAAAAUCCAUUGGUUCUUAGCAUAGAUGAUGAUGAAGAAGUCACAGAUGAGUUUCAAGGCGUUAAACUUUGGUGGGCCGCGAUCAAAAUCGAAACUUCAUCGCAUGGUUUUUCAUCCUUCUCGAAUUAUAAGCGAUACUACAAACUCACUUUCCAUAAAAAGCAUAGAGAUUUAGUAACGGUUUCGUACAUCAAACAUGUUUUGAAAGAAGGGAAAGAGAUUUCAAUGAGAAAUAGGCAGAGAAAGCUUUACACAAACAACCCUAGUAGUGGUUGGUAUGGCUACAAACAAUCGAAAUGGAGUCACAUUGUUUUCGAACACCCUGCAACAUUUGAGACACUUGCAAUGGAGAAGGAGAAAAAAGAAGAAGUUAUUGAAGAUCUUUUGAAGUUUCGAAAUGGUAAGGACUAUUAUGCAAAAAUCGGUAAGGCUUGGAAACGCGGUUAUUUGCUCUAUGGUCCACCGGGAACAGGUAAAUCUACUAUGAUAGCCGCUAUCGCGAAUUUCAUGAACUAUGAUGUUUAUGAUCUUGAAUUAACUGCGGUUAAGGAUAAUACCGAGUUAAGAAAGUUGUUAAUCGAAACUUCUAGUAAAGCGAUUAUAGUGGUUGAAGAUAUCGAUUGUUCGCUAGAUUUUACUAGCCAUAGGAAGAAGGAGAAAAAUGUCGAAGAAGAAUUAAUGGAACAAAAAGAUUAUUAUCAUACUAAAGAUAUUGAAGAAGAGAAUAUUAGUACUAGUAGUAGAAAUAGUAAAGUGACUUUAUCAGGUUUGUUGAAUUUUAUCGAUGGAAUUUGGUCGGCGUGUGGAGGUGAAAGGAUUAUAAUUUUCACCACGAAUUUUGUGGAGAAACUAGAUCCGGCGCUUAUUAGGAGAGGAAGAAUGGACAAACACGUUGAGCUGUCUUAUUGUUGUUUUGAAGCGUUUAAGGUUCUUGUUAAGAAUUAUUUGGAUAUUGAGUCACAUGUUUUGUUUGAUGAGAUUGGUGAUUUGUUGGAAAUGGUUAAUAUGACACCUGCUGAUGUUGCUGAGAAUUUGAUGCCGAAGUCUGUGAAUGAAGAUGUUGAGACUAGUUUGAGGAAUUUGAUUGAAGCACUUGAGAAGAAGAAGGUGGAAGGACAUGAUGAAGAAGAUGUUAAGGAAAAUGGUUUUGUUGUGAGUGAAAAAUGA